UUACUGUUAGAGCCUUACAUUCAGACCAAUAACGUUGACAAAUUAUUCAACAAUUGCUUAACCGUUCAGUGUCAUGAAUGCACCCAAUUCUUACAUUUUGAAAAAUCAGUAGCGGAGGGAUAGAUACAUAAUGCAAGUCACUCAAAUGGGAAUGCGUCUUUUGCAAGGUCUUAAACAGCUAAUGUAGAUGAGCCUUUACACCGAGAAAGUGGCGUUGGAGCAGUACCCAGCUUGCUUAGAACCAUCUAUUGAAUUGAAUUGAAGUAAUGAAGGUAUCCAGACUCGACUCUACACACCCGGAGAGGAGAUUUCUAAUCAACUGGAUUUUUUGAGAGGUCAUGGAACUUAUGUCGAUGAGGACAAUACAUUGCGCGCUGCAGUUGGUGGAGUGUUAGAGAAAUGGGACGAAUAACGGAAGUGCAACAAAAACGUUGGAAGGUUGAUACAAAUUCAAAGCUUGAUUCUGUAUUGCUAUUAUCCAGUGUUAACCUUCCAGGUGGUGAAUUGAGGAGAAGAUCAGCUGAAGAUGAACAAACAAUGCGAAGAUAUUUGCAAGAAGGAGAUUUGGUUUGUGCAGAAGUACAGUCAAUCUUCGCUGAUAGUUCACUCUCGCUGCACACACGUGUACUGAAAUAUGGCAAACUGUCUCAGGGUAUAAUGCUGAAAGUACCACCAAUGUUGAUACAGCGCAAGAAAACACAUUUUCAUUAUCUAGAAAAUAGUACUAGUUUAAUACUUGGUAACAAUGGUUAUGUAUGGAUUGGUGCAAAUGCUCAAAAUGCUGACAGGUCAGAAGGUGGUUUUACAGAAGAUUUAUCACAUAUUCCACAAGAAAAUCGUGAGGUAUGCACACGAUUGCGCAACUGCAUAUUAAUUCUAGCACAGUGCAACAUGCUAUUGUCUGAUACAUCAGUGACAUAUGCUUAUGAAGAAUCAAUGAAAUAUACACUCCUGGAAACGCGUCAUAGUCGACAGAGUGACGGAGACAUGGACGCAUGUUUUAACGCCUUCGAUAAAGACGGCGACGGAUUUCUGUCGAUCUCAGAGUUCCAACUUAUCUGCCGCGCUUUAUUUCGUAACGACCGCGGCAAAAUCUAUGGGCUCGAGGAGGAGCAAUUGCGGGAAGUAUAUUCAAUUUUUGAUCUCAAAGGCGAUGGCAUGAUCGAUAGGGAAGAAUUCGAGGUAUGUUGGAAUCGAUGGAUCAAAACGUGCACUCGACCCAAAAGUGCCUUUUUAAUCGUCGAUGUGCAAAACGAUUUCAUAACAGGUUCUCUGAACAUAAAGCAAUGUGCUGCGCAACACGACGGUUCCGAAGUAAUUGAACCAAUUAAUCGACUGCUAGAAACCGUGCCGUUUGAUGUUGUAUUUUAUUCUUUGGAUUGGCAUCCUGUGGAUCAUGUAUCUUUUAUCGAUAAUUUACAUCUUAGAGAAGUAGACGUUAGUAGCGGUAUUUCGAAAGAAGCGGCGCGGGUAUACGAUACUGUGACAUUCCGCGGGCCGCCGUUGCUAAAGCAACGCUUAUGGCCGCGUCACUGUGUACAGGACUCGUGGGGUGCAGAGCUACACAAAGAUUUAAAAAUUGUCGAAGAUGCGAUUAAAAUUUACAAGGGUACGAAUCCAGAAGUGGACUCGUAUUCUGUGUUCUGGGAUAACAAGAAACUGACAGAGACAACAUUGUCGUCGCAAUUGCAGCAGAAGGGUGCUACCGAUAUCUACAUUUGCGGUUUAGCAUACGACGUAUGCGUAGGAGCGACUGCCGUGGAUGCGCUCACCAGCGGUUAUCGCACGAUAUUAAUUGACGACUGUAGUCGCGGUGUAGAUCUCGUUGACAUCGAAAAGACCAAGGCCACUGUGAUAGCUAGUAACGGCGUGAUAGUUAAUUCCAGCCAGGUGAAGGCGAUGGUAGAGGGAAAAGAUCGCCGACCGGAGCUGGGCUACAAGCUCGCGUUAGAAAUCAAGCAUAAAUUGAACCUCGAUGAAGAAUAAUGUAGUAGUUUUCUCAGUAGUCUAUAUUUAGACGCUUUUCUUCGAAAUAUAUUAACAUAAAGAGACUCAAGAAUCCCACAUUAAAGGAUUCCUUAUAAGCUUAAAAUAACGAUUUUUAUUAAUU